AUGGAGAUGCUGCGGCCUGAAAUGGAGGCUGCGCGCGAGUCAGAAGCGGAGAUCUGGUGGCAUCCAUCCAUGGAUGGACACCUAGCCCUUGACAACGAGCAGCUUGAGCUGCUCACUCAGCUACGGAUGGCUCACACCUGGCGAGCUCAUGCUCGCAGAUCGAUCAUCCAACAGGCUCGCAUAAUACGAACCCGCGCAUACGAGGUUAGAAUGCAAUAUGAGGCCGACGGGCAGCCUCCUCGUGCCCAGAUGCUACGGGGGCUUAGGCGAUGGCUACAGGCGCUGGUUGGUAGCAUGCAAAUGCUACGGUCAGAAGAGGAGGCAGCCCGUGAGCUGGAAACCGAAAUCUGGACGAACAUACAAUAG